GAACUGAGAAUCCUCUGGGUCUCCCCAUCCCAACCACACACAGUGCCUAGUCUGACUGCUCAGCCUUGAACGUAUUCCCUAAAAACUGAGCAAAAGACACCAAAAAGAACAUAAACCAAGCCACCUUCUAGAGCUCAGCAACAACGGGACACGAAAACUGCAAGAAAAGUUACUGCUUCAGUUCCAGACUCUGAAAAGGUGGCAGAUUUUAGAGAAAUCAGAUCACUCCUCUGUUGCUUCAGGGUGGUCCUCCUGUGAGAAUGAAAUAUUUAUAACUGCAGCCAGAGCACAAGACAAGCACAAACUUUGCUGAAAACUAUCUUCAUCUUAAAUGGUUAAUAUCCAAGAAGUAAAGCGAGGAUCGGAGAAAGUAAAAAAAAAUGAAGACGAUGGUUUUUACAUCUUUUAGGUUGUCUACUUUAUAUUUCUAUUGAACCUUAUGCUGGAUGUGUCAAACUCAUGCAAAAAGUGGAUUUUUAAGGAACAUUUUUCUCCAUGUAAAGAAGAUUUGGAAAAGUAACACAAAAGGUUUGCUGGUGCCAUUUUUGGAGUUAUUCAUUAUAAGAAAUAGUCAAAUGUACUACUGACUGAAGACUAUCUACAGAAUGGCAUCUCGCCAAUGCCCGCCCACAAUGUUCAAUUCCAUGAAUCCUCCUAUGAACAGCUAUGUUGAACAUUGCUACAUGAGGUCCCCUAAUGUCAUGGCUGAAGGCAUGAACGAGAUGACCUACUGCCAUCAGAACAACCUCAUGACCGGUCAUCAUGGCUUUGCGCUGGCACAAGCUAAUGAUCACAUGGCUGGCCCAGAUGCAGGAUCUCGUUUCUCCACCCCUCGGAGUUCAGUGAAGCUGAGCAAGAAGAGAGCAAUGUCUAUAUCCCCAUUAUCAGAUGCCAGUAUUGACCUGCAGACCAUGAUCCGUACAUCCCCUAACUCCCUGGUAGCAUUCAUCAACUCCAGAUGUUCCUCAGCCAAUGGCUCCUAUGGCCAUUUGUCUAUAGGAACUAUCAGUCCUUCACUCGGGUAUCAGAAUUGCCUUAAUCAUCAGAGAUCACAGGGGGCAUCCUAUGGAUUGAACACUCUCAUGUCUUACAAUUCACAUGAGCCCUUGUCCAACAGAGGUGUGAGCAUCCUGCAGUCUCGCACACCUAUAAAGCACUGCCAGAUGAAGUCAGAGCCACUCUCCAGUACAGGGCUAGAUGCUAUUAACAGCAAACGACUGGAAGAUGGAUCAGAGGGGGAUAUAUCAAGCCCUGCUUCAGCUGGGACACAGGAUCCAUUGCUGGGGUUGCUCGAUGGACGUGAUGACUUAGAGAAAGAAGAUGGGAAGCAUGAGCCAGAAACUGUGUAUGAGACCAAUUGUCACUGGGAAAACUGCACUAAAGAGUUUGAUACCCAGGAGCACCUUGUGCAUCACAUAAACAAUGAGCACAUCCACGGGGAAAAGAAAGAAUUUGUGUGUCACUGGCAGGACUGCUCCCGGGAGCUCAGGCCAUUCAAAGCUCAGUAUAUGCUUGUAGUCCAUAUGAGAAGACAUACCGGAGAGAAGCCUCACAAGUGCACAUUUGAGGGAUGUAACAAAGCCUACUCACGCCUUGAGAACCUGAAAACUCACCUGCGGUCCCACACAGGAGAAAAGCCAUACGUGUGUGAACAUGAAGGCUGUAAUAAAGCUUUUUCUAAUGCCUCAGACCGUGCCAAGCACCAGAAUCGUACUCACUCCAACGAGAAACCAUAUGUGUGCAAGAUCCCAGGGUGCACCAAGAGGUACACAGAUCCCAGCUCUCUCAGAAAGCAUGUGAAGACAGUCCAUGGCCCUGAGGCACACAUCACAAAGAAACACCGUGGAGACGGCCUGCCUCGGAACCAUGCAACACAUGAGGGUACUGGAUCUCAAGGAAUAAAGAGUGAUAUCCAGCAGGACCUGGAGGCAAGCUCUUCUCAGGCACGGAAGGAGGAGGGUAGACUGACUGUGCCAGAUAUGGCCCUGAAGUCUCAACCCAGCCCUGGUGGACAGUCAUCUUGCAGCAGUGAAAGGUCUCCACUGGGUAGCACCAAUAACAAUGAUAGUGGAGUAGAGAUGAAUGCCAACACAGGCGGGAGCUUUGAGGACCUCUCCAACUUGGAGGACAUUCCCUCAGUGGAGUCUAUUGGUACUGCAGGAGCUUCAGCCCUAAGGAAGCUGGAGAACCUCAGGAUUGACAAGAUUAACCAGAUGCGGAAAGCACCAUCUGCUGGCAAAUCUGUAAAACUACCUGCCAUCCACAACACAGCAUCUCAGGGAGAGUUACAAGGCAUGUGUGGUCCACUUGGUAUGACCCACAGCAAUCACAUGAUGGAGCUGUCAUCUAGUGACUAUAUGAAGUUGAAUGAUAGACGUAACAGCACAACAAGUACAAUGAGCUCAGCUUAUACAGUGAGCCGUAGAUCUUCAGUGGUGUCCCCCUAUCUUUCCAACCAAAGGUCAGCUGAUGUCGGGAACAUGGCGGAUACAUAUGAUCAAAUGACAUCAGAUACUUCAAGACAUUCCAAUGCCACUGGCCUUCCAGGCCUAACUCCAGCUCAGCAAUACAGACUAAAGGCAAAAUAUGCUGCAGCUACUGGUGGUCCUCCACCCACACCACUUCCUAAUAUGGAGAGAAUGAGUUCAAAUAAUCGGAUGAAUUUUGGUACAAGUGAUUACCGUGGGUCAUCUAUCUCUUCAAUACUUGCUAAUAAUACCCAAAGAAGACAUAGCAACAAUGAAUACCACAGUUAUGGUACAGGAAUAAUUCAUCCAGCUCAGGCUCCUGGGGCUGGCAUAAGAAGAGCUAGUGAUCCUGCAAGACAUGGUGGAGAACCUCAGGCAAUACCCAAAGUCCAGCGGUUCAAGAGUAUGUCAAACAUGAACACAUCAAUGAUGGGAAGACAUACUCUAGGUCAACAGCAACCUUAUGGAGGAUCGGAUGCAAACCUACAGUUACAUGUUUUUUCACCCCGGCCACCUAGUAUCAGUGAGAAUGUGUUCAUGGAGGCAACUAGCACAGAUGGAUCAUCUCACAAUAAGGAACAUAAUGUCAUGGCCACUAAUGAAAUGCAGCAAUACAUGAGCUACCAAGACUCUCAAAUGAAUGCUCCCAAUAACCAGAUGAAUUUUAACCACCAACUUCAUGGUAUAGAUAUUCAAAACCAAAAUGCAUAUCCUAGUUCUUUGCGAGCCGCAGGCAAUGUGCAUAUAAAUCCUGACAGUCAUUCCAACCAGAACAAUGCUUUGAGUCACCCAGAGUUCAACCAAUGCCAAAUGACCGCUCACAAUCAGUCGUUCCAUAAUACAAGGCAAAUGACCAGUAAUUCUAGCUUACCAGUGCAGUGGCAUGAAGUAAGCUCAGGUACGAUGGAAAUGUCUGAUGGGCAAACUUCAAACCAUCAGGUGAUGCAACCAAAUGUGUCACCAAGGAAUCAAUGUCACAGUCAAUUCUCCAAUCCAGUAUCAGAGUCAAACAAACAGAUUUCCCUUGUAAAUAGUAAUUCAUGUCAGCAGCAGAGUAUGUAUGUAAAUAAUCAAAGGUACAGUCACUUGGGUCAGGUGCAUAUCAAACCAGAACAACAGUUUCAUCAAUCAAUGCCCUCCAUGAUGUCGUGUCAAAACAUGAAGCAUCAUUCAGUACAACAGCAUGCAUUCAACCAGCCAAACACUAUGCCCAUUUCUCCACUGAAUACAAACUGUGAGUACCAAGGACAACAGGACAGCCAACAAAGCACUUGCUACAAUCCCGGCCUUAACCCCAGCAUGCUGAGCCCUCAAGGACGUAGAUCACAGACACCUAUGAUGCAAGUGAAGGAGAUGAUGGUGAGAAAUUAUGUUCAAUCCCAACAAGCACUAAUGUGGGAGCAGCAGCCGAAGAAUAUGCCAAUGAUGAACAGCGCUGGAGAGGAUGUUGACACAGGCCAGAGUCAACACAGGAACACACCUCAUGCCCAGGCAUACAUGAGCCCUAAAUACAUUAAUUACCAGGGAAAGCAAACAGAGAACAGCUUACUGAGUCCAAACUCACAUGAAAAUCAACCAAUUCAUCCUAAAACCAUGAGAAGUCCAGAAAAUCAAAGUAACAGAUUGGAUAUGGUGCCACAUCCCCCCCUUUGGCGAAAACCUCCAGUGCGGCAACAAAGUAUAACCAGCCAGUCGACAUUCAUGGCCAGUCCACCGCAGCUUAGUCCAUCUUACCAUUCAGCUGAAUCCAGUCCUAGGAGAGGGGUUACUCUGCCUUCUAUUCAGCCCCAGUCAGACAUUAAUGACACCACUGGCAUGAUAUAUUACUCAGGGCAAGUUGAAAUGCACCAUGGAAAAACAGGACCCCAAAAGGUUGCCCCACCACUAAAUCAUCACCAAAGUAGUUGUGAUGGACAUCAGCAUGGACAGUACAAUUCUAACCUGAGUUUCUUGAAGACAGACUCAUUGCCAUACAGCACUUCAUGUCCAGCAUCAAACCCUUUGGACACUCUGGAUUUGGAAAACACUCAGAUUGAUUUUGCUGCCAUUAUUGAUGAUCCUGAUCCCACAUCGCUGAUCCCAGGUACUUUAACUCCAAGUGGUUUACAAGGAUCAUCUCAACCUUCUUCACAUUUGGGCACACCUCGUAAUCCUGCAGCCAUGGUUCCAAACAUGGCUGUGACAGACCUGAACUCUAUGCUGUCUUCUUUAGCUGGCGAGAAUAAGUUCCUCAACACUAUUUCUUGAGCAAUCUAAAGCUUCAGUGAAAGGGACAUCUAUGACAACUGGCCAGAUCGAAGUGAUCACACAAUGGCGCAGCGCUUGCUCAUUAUCUUGACUCAUUUUUAAAAUACUGGAUCAUUAUAAUACAGUGUGCUUAAAUAAAAUGCAAGACUUCAGUUUUGCUGGCACAGAAAAGUACACUUGAUUUAUCCAGUAAAUCUAUUUCUAGAACUGUCUGUUGUCUUUUUGUCAUGGACGUUUUAAAUAUGACAAAAUUUGCACAUGCUCUAUACAUUCAUUUUUGUAAUAUGACUGUACAAUUUAGGAUAGUCUUUGAUUACCUAUUUACUAAACACAAAUCAUAACACUUUUCUAUCUAGCUUUUCAGAAACGUUUUUCAGUUAUAACAAAGAUGGAACGUUGUCAGGCUGUUCCAUAGCAUCAUUUAUCUUUUGGUCAGGGAUAAAUAAUUUGUUUCUUCAGCUGUUAUUGAACUAAAGGGCUAUGAAAACAUUUCUAGCAUCGAGCAACACAAGAGCACACACAGGGAGCUAUAGGUAAUUGAAAUGUGGACUUUCACAAGUUGCCUUAUGGAACUGUAGUCAGCUACAGGCAAUUGGGGUCGCCAUUUUCAUUAAUAUAUUCACUUGCAAUCUGUAACACAAAGGGAUUGCUUUAGAGUGAUGCUGUUGAUUCCUAGUGAGUUUGUAGAUUACAUUCUUAUAUUUCAGUUAUCAAAAGGGCUCCCUCCACCAUUGGUGCAGUGACAGGUGCUCUUUCAUUUUUCCUUAUUACAACUUUUGGCCUAAUUCUUAUUGAAAGUAAAGCAUAAAAUAAGUAUGUAACUUUGUAUCUGAAACAAACCAUUUUGCAAUACAAGGGGUGCAAAUACAUUUAUGUUUUUCUUUGCAGGGUAAAUACUGGCUGUUUUUGCAUGAAGCCCACAAAAUGUUGGACAACUUUCAUUUCACACUGCAAUUUAGAUUUCAGUUUGAACACACCCCAUCCAAAUCUAAAUCUCUUUGCACAAUUUACAUCUGCCCCACAUGCAGUGCAGCAUGGUUUUGUCUAGGUGCUCAGUUACUUGUUUUUUUUUUUGUUUUUUUUUUUGCUUUACUUUCAAAUCAGGCCAUUUGGAUGACUAUAAUAAGUUUUAAAGCUGGCUAUAGUUAAACCAUAAGAGAAUGAAAUAUUAAGUGCAUCAUAUACCAUGCACGUAAUAUAAAGAACAGACGGGUGUAGUAUGGUAUGCCGGCGCACGGGCUCCCGGCGACCAGCAUACCGGCGCCGGGAGCCCGACCGCCGGCAUACCGACAGCGUGGCAAGCGCAAAGGAGCCCCUUGCGGGCACGGUGGCGCGCUACGCGCGCCACACUAUUUUAUUCUCCCUCCAGGGGGGUCGUGGACCCCCACAAGGGAGAAUAGUUGUCGGUAUGCCGGGUGUCGGGAUUCCGGCGCCGGUAUACUGUGCGCCGGUAUCCCGACAUUCGCCAUACAGAAGACCACCUGAACAGACAUGUAACAGAACUCAGCAGUGCCCUGUGCAGGCCCCGCCCACUUAGUGCAUGACAUCAUGAAUCUGCACAGUGGGUGCGGGGCCGCUGGCUCUGCGGAAGUGCAGUACUCCUGAGGACGCACCAAGAGGCUGCACAGACUGCAAGGUGCCUGCCUGGAGCGUCCAAAGGAUGCUCCGUGCGGUUCUGCAGCAGCUAUACUGGCUGCAGGGUGCUGUUCCAGGCACACUGCUAGCCAGAAGCAAGGGCUUGCGAGGAUGUUGCCCCCAAAGCUCUGUGCUCUGUGUGACGGCACCACUUGCACACUCCUGGUUAUGGCCCUGCCACAUGUUGACACUGCUUGUAUCAUACACCAUACAUGUCACUGCUUAUGUGCCUUUUGAUCUAAGGAACACCUUAUUAGGGAACCAUACUUCUACCUCCUGCUGUUAAGGUUUGUGUCAAUGGGGGUAAUUCCAAGUUGAUCGGAGCAGGACAUUUUUUAGCAGUUGGGUAAAACCAUGUGCACUGCAGGGAGGGGGGCAGAUAUAACAUGUGCAGAAAGAGUUAGAUUUGGGUGGGUUAUAUUGUUUCUGUGCAGGGUAAAUACUGGCUGCUUUAUUUUUACACUGCAAUUUAGAUUGCAGAUUGAACUCACCACACCCAAAUCUCUCUCUCUCUGCACAUGUUACUUAUAUCUGCCUCCCCUGCAGUGCACAUGGUUUUGCCCAACUGCUAACAAAGUUCCUGCUGCGAUCAACUCAGAAUUACCUCCAGUGUGGGUUACAGACAGAACCACUCCACAAACCUGUAUUAUGUGAUCCUUUCAUUAAAGGGAAAUACAUGCCUCCCAAUUUCUACAAUGAGACACCAAAGGAGUGUCACACUACACAGGAGCAUGGUCUCAACACUUUGGGGUGUAGUCAGGACACCGGCCACCUCUCUAAAAAAAAACCACCUCUUUAAUGCCAUAUACACUGGUUAUUAGUUUUGUGUGGAAUCGAGGGACAAGCAUUAGCUGCACACACACUUCUCAUACGUUCUAGAUUCAGGACAAAGGAAGAAUAUGGGCAGGACGGCUGAACAGUCCCCACAAAUCUGAGACAGUUCGUAGGAAGGGAAAUACACCCUAUUUGUGGUAUCUCAGGUGUCAGUAGUGGAAAAGGUCACUCCCACUGAUUAAACUGAAACAAAAAUGAUCAAGGACAAAAGCAUAUGGACAAAGCAUUUCUGGCAUGGAAGUAGCCUUGUUAUUCAAAUAAAAUAUAUGUAAUACAAUGCCCUUAAUCUAUUUCUGACAUUUGUUUUAAAAGUUAAUGCACUCACUUAUCCUCAAUGAAUGAUAUACGGUCUGAUUCAGGGGUGGAAGCAGCGCUGAUGUUUGUACAGUUGAAUGAUUAUUUGCUAAUGCACAACCCUAAAAAGUCCUGCAAACCCCUAUGGCAUACUUGCCUGCAUUUUGGCUGCUCCCUCUGGGAGGGAGCAGCCAGGUCACAUAGGAGGGGGAGUCGAGGCCGUACUGGGGCGUGGAGGAGGCAGUAUGGGGACACGGUGAUUACAGGCACUGUAAAGCGGGGGGGCGUGGCAACCCUUCUGUGUGGCGGGUUGCCGUGGUGAGUGGAGGGACGUAGUGAGCGGCAGGGGGCGAGCGGCAUGCGGAAGACUUGGCAUGCCCCCAGUCCCUCUGUCUCCCAUGAAUAGACCGUCUAAUGUCCGAAUGUCUCUCCCACUGCGCCCUGUGGGUGGGACAGUAACAAAAAAACAUGACUGUCCCGCAAAAAUCGGGACAGUUGGUAGGAAUGUCAUCAUGAUGCUCCGGACAAUCCGGACAGCACUGCAGCAGCAAUUCUGGAUGCAGGGUGCCGUUCCAGAGACACUGCCAGCUAGAUGCAGAGACGUAGAUCAGUGACGGUGCAGCCCCCAGAACCCUGUGCUCGCACACUCCAAGUUAUGGUCCGGAGUAUUUUUACUGCCCAAGAAAGGGCUACUUCCACUGUGUGUAAAGCUUGAGACCUAAUACAUCUCCAGUCUGGCACACAACGAUUAAUCAUUAAAAUAAGGUCUUCCAGAAAAAUAACUCCAUACAAGAAUGUGGCUAUCCCAACUAUGUGUUAAGUAAAAUAUAAUGAUAUUUAAAGCAAUACCAAAGAACAUGUCUUAUAAUAAAAUCACAUCUCCCCUUUAUAUUACUGUAUAUUUCAUUUACUGUAUGUAGGAGAAAAAAGAGAUAUAUAAAUAUAAUGUAGAAAAUAGGAAUGACUCUUGAGCUAUAACGCUAUAACUUUCUUGUUUCUGAUCUACAUUCAAAGGUUUAAAGAAUGUGUUAUGUAAAAAUAUAAAACAAACAAAAAGUUUAUUUUUUAACAGCUUGAGGGAAGCCUGUAAAUCCCGUUCCUAUCUGUACAGUGUGUAUUUUUAUAUUUGUACAUUCAUUUUGCUAGCCUUUUUCAUAAGACAAUAAAAAAAAAUGUCUCCCGUG